GCUAUUUACGUCACUCACAGUAAUGCCCCUCUCACAUCACACCAAAAUUCCACUCAUCCCCAACUAAGAAAUAAAAAAAAAAAAAAAAAACUCUCUCUAACUACACAACCCCAUUAACAUUUAUAUCUUGAAGCUGAGGUUGUUGUCCCAUAUUUGUAGGACGCUACACCACGUUCCAGCCCAGCACCACCGUCGCCACCAUAAACCCCUCCAACAUCAAAUUCAUCUUCAUCCUAAAAUUGGUUUCACCUUCUUCGGGGUUCCCUCUUUAUAUUACUUUCGACUUUCCACGCCAACAUAAAUUUCCAAUCUUCGCCCUUUCCCUCAUCCAAUUUUUUCCUUCUUUUUUCUUUUUCCUCCUCUGGGGGUGCUUCUUCUAUGGAAGAACCCAACGUUUCGCUGUGAGGUAAAAAACAGGGUGUGGGUCUUUUUUUCCUGGCCUUCGUUUUCUUCCUCUUUUCUUCUCGAAUUGAGGAUCCACACCCACCCAGAGAUUAACAAUAGCUCUGUUUCCUGCACUAGGAAACAAAACCAGUUUCAAGAUUUUGCAAAGAACCCGGGGAUUAUUUAUUUAUACCGAGUCAAGAGCCUCCCAAAUCGAAAACCCAGAUCAAAAACCUUUCUUUUUUGCGGAAAGUUUAAAUCUUUUCCCAUUACAUCGUUGAUCAAUUGCACCCCACGAAAUUCGAGAGGAACGAGCUAUGUCGAAUAAGAUUGUCCUCCGGCAAGAGCCGUCGUCGAACCGGCGGCAACCUCUGCUGAAGAGCCAGUCUUCGAAGGCGGGGAAUACAGUGGGGGAGCUCGUAGGAAGCACCACGGCGGAGUGCGUGGCGGUGUGUUGCUGCUGCCCCUGCGCAGUUUUGAAUCUUCUUGUCCUUGCGAUCUACAAGAUCCCGGCGGGGCUGUGCCGGAAAAUGCUAAAGAGGAGGAGGCGCCGGCGGGUGAUCAAGGAAGGGCUGUUGCAGCCCAAGCGCGGCCGCUGUUCCUGCGGCUGCUCCGACGACCCUCGGACUCACCCCACGUGCGUUAAGGAUGCCUCCGAUAUAAAGCGCGUGGAGCUUGACAAGGACGCGCUGGCUCUUGAGAAGGAGAUGUGGGAUAGGUUUUAUAGCACUGGCUUCUGGAGAAGCUCUUCCAGAAGAGAAUCCUCCCAAACACUCCCGAAUUCCUAUAUUGUUCCCAAUCCCAAACACCUUGAAACUGUUGUAUACAGAGCUUGAAUCAUGAAUUCAUUUGCCUUUUGGGGUUUUUUAUUUAUUGAAAAGUGUGCAAUCGUGACUGAAUUUUUUUUGUUCCAUGUUCGAAUGCGUUUCUUUUAAUCUGUCACGGCAAUUUCUUUUCAACUUUUUUCAUGAUUUGUAAAUUUCAGGUUGUGUGAAAUUGUGUGCAAGGGUGCAUGAUGUAUGAAAUUUUCUGCUAGUGUCUGUAGAUUUAAUUUCCUAUGGAAACAUUUCCUUUUAUAGAGUUUUUUUUAUUUUAAGAGAA